CUGGAUGUUCUGUUCCUCCUUGGAAAACAAUACGUAAGGAAAAUUAUACAUUUUAAAAGAUACUGAAAAUACGUUUUCAGGAACCUCAAAUAAAAUCAAUCGGAAAUGAUAUAGUCACAAAAGGAGGAGAACAUGAUUUAUUCAAAGUUUAUUGUUCUGCAGAAAACUGGGAAGAGUUUGAAGAAAGUUUAUCCGGAUUUGUGAGAAAAAUGUUAAUUCAAAAGGAGGAUGUCAAGUGUUUGUCGUAUAUUCGUAGAAUUGGAUGUGCAAAAAAUGAUAAAGCCAAAUUGAAUGUAAUCUGUGAACUUUGUUUUGAAUCAUUUGUGUUGAUAAAAUUGUUUGAUUUGGAAGAAGAUCAACAAACUGAAGAAUUCGAAUUGAUUCGUUUCAAUGUUUGGGAUUCAUUGAAAAACAGUCGACCAAAAUUGAUUGAUUUUGUGUAAGUUGAGAAUAAUUUUCAAAUUAAUUUGUUGAUCAUGAUUUAUGUAUUUCAGAAAAUCAAUUUCGUCUAACAAUAUAAUUCAUCUAUUGAUUCAUGAAUUUCCAAAUUCUUUGAAGAAUAUAAAUGAACAGAUAUUGGAAAAAAUCGACCCGUUGUUGAAUCAAAAUGAUGUUAUAUCAAUGGAAAUGCGAUGUCAAUAUUUGAGCGACAUUUGGUUUGUUUUACUCAAAAUUACAUUGACAAAAGAACUCGAUGUUGCCAACAAUUAUAUUGAACAACUUCCGGAAAAUAUGAGAUCAAACAUGUUCAACGAUUUGGAUUUGAUUGUUUUUGAAGUAAGAUAAUUUUCGAAAAAUUUUUAGUUUAUAUAUAAUUAUUUCAGACAACAUUCAAUCUUCUUAAAUCAUUCGUCAUUAUAUUUUCAUCUGAUGCUCUGAGUAAGAUUUUAUUCUAAAACAAUCAUUUUUUUUUACUUUUUUAGAAGCAGAAUAUUCUGAAGUGGCCAGCGGUUUGAAUGCAAAUUUUAAUUGUCAUUGGAAACGGCAAGCCAUUCUUCGUAUUCUGUCAAAUUUUCGAAGUUCCAUCACUCAAUCGAAUAUCUGUGUGCUGAUUCCAUUGGUAUGUUUUUCACUAAUCAUUUUUUUUUCUGAAAUUGGAUUGUUUUUUCUUAGGUAAAUGACACAAAUGUGUGUUCAAAAAUCAAAGAUGUUUUCAAAUUCCUUAUGUGGGUCAUUGGAAGUUGGAAAAUGAAGAUAGUCCCAAUUUGCUAAGUUUGCCGGUGGAAUCAAAGUUGAAACUGAUGUUGCAUUACAGAAACAUGGAAAAGAAGGCAAAACCAUCGAUCGAACAUAUCCAUCGUGUUUUAGAAGGUUCAAACAGCUCCACAGAUUCAACAUCGGAUAUAACAAUUCGGCAACAACCAGCACCAAUUCUCGAUCAUUCAUGUUCACCAAAAGUUAGUUUUGUUAUUGAAAAUUGAAAAUGUGGGCGAAUAAGCAUAAAAAUCAACCAAAAAGUUGUGUCUCAACUACAGUACCCCGUAAAAUAAAUUAUAUUAAUUGUGAAUCGAGACUAUCAUUGCCUAUAAAUGAGACAUCAUCUACAGCUAUUGGCGAGACAAGUGGCGAGCAAACAAUUACCGAUUCGAUUUUUCGAACUGUCAACAGAUGAUCAAUUAAAACUGAAGAAGUAAGUCGCAAUACCAAUUCUGUGGAAAAAUUGAGACCAUUUUUUAUGCCUUAUAUAUUACAUGGAUUUUUUUUAAAUUUUGCUCUGAAAAUAAGCUAGCGGAAAAAUUUCGCCGUGUGAUUACAGGAUCGGAAUGUGGUGAGCACGCCCAGCUUAGUGCAAUAUUUCUAUUUUUAUUUGAAAAAUAUUAUGAGGAGACAUUUAGGCGAACCCAUUUGAAUUUCACUACUCUAAAAACCCAAAUUUUCUGAACACACUUCCGAUAAAGUUUAAUGUUAUGAUGGUUUCAGUGGACGCGUCACGAAAACACUCAAGAUGUGGAUCUAAGAAUGGAACUGGCAUCAGAAACUCGGAAAGCCGUUCGUGGCGUCGCUGGAAAUACGGUUGAUAAGUUGGCAUCACCAACAGAUUUCGUGAGUUUUUUUCUGGAGAAAUUACGAAACAAAGAGUGUAAUUUACUAUCGUAAACAUUUACCCCAAUUUUUCGAGACUUGGCAAAAUCUUGUGGGUCUAAAAUCGACGAAAUUCAGUGAAAAAGUGAUAAAUAUUUCAAAUCUAUUUCGAAAAGUUUCAAAAAACUUUAGUGGUUCAGGGUUAACUGGUGAAGGAACUAAUGAUAAUAUUCAGAUUAUCCGAAAAAAUUCGUAAAUUGGGUGGCGCUCAAACGGAAGCAUUGAGUAUUGGUAUUUCAAACCCUGAUUAUAUUUACAAAAUAUGCCCGGUAUAUGUGACCACCGAACUCUCAACGUAAGUUUUCAUAAAUAUAUAUGUUUAUUCAUUUGUUCAUCAUUUUCAGGCUCUACAAAAACAAUUGUUUAUGUUUCAAGGAAUUGACAAAAGCAGUGAAGGAGCACUAUGGAAUGCAAGACAGAAGUUUGAUAAAUCGAAUCAUGAGGAGAAAAAGUGAAUAG